AUGGCCGCGCUUCCCGGCGGGAGCGGCGGCGGGAGCGGCGGGUCGUGGCCGCGCUCCCCGCCGGGCGCGACCCUCGCCUCGGCACUGGGCUGGGAGCCGCUGUCCGGGCUGCAGAUCCGAUCGCGCUCGGUGGAGCAGACGCUGGUGCCGCUCGUGGCGCAGAUAACUACUCUCAUUAACCAUAAAGAUAAACCAAAGCGGUCAGACAAGACGUUGCGGGCGGUCCAGCAAGUAGGUCAAGCUGUUAACCUGGCUGUCGGGCGGUUUGUCAUGGUGGGCGAAGCCAUCGCCAAUGAGAACCAAGAGCUGAAAGAGGAAAUGAGGGUUGCCUGUAUGGAGGCCAAGCAGGCAGGUGAGACGAUUGCGCAACUUACGGAUGUAGCAACCUUGGAUCACCCAGAAUCUGAUGGCCAGAUAACUAUAUUUACCGACAAAACAGGAGUGGUGAAAGCUGCGAGACUGCUGCUUUCUUCGGUGACUAAAGUGUUGGUGUUGGCCGACAGAAUAGUUAUUAAGCAAAUUAUAACUUCCAGAAACAAGGUUCUUAUAACAAUGGAACAGUUGGAGAAAGUGAGUAGUUUUCAGGAAUUUGUGCAAAUAUUCAGCCAAUUUGGAAAUGAAAUGGUGGAAUUUGCCCAUCUUACCGGAGACCGACAAAAUGACCUGAAAGAUGAGAAGAAAAAAGCCAAGAUGGCAGCUGCCAGGGCCAUUCUCGAGAAAUGUACCAUGAUGCUUCUCACUGCUUCAAAGACUUGUUUAAGGCAUCCUGAUUGUGAAUCCGCACGCGUCAACAAAGGAGCGGUAUUCCACCGAAUGAGGCUAGCGCUCGAGCAGGUAACGGAGAUUGUAACGGACUCUCGGCCCAGCGGAGAGAAUGAACCAGGCCCGAUGAGCCUCUACACUGUCAUCAAGGGAUUCAAGAAUAAAGUGGAAGGUUUGCGGGACAACCUAUCCCUGCUGUCAAAGGAGAACCUCCGGGCAAUGCUACGGGUUGUCCUUGAACACACGGAAGAUUUUACCGAUUCCGCUUAUACAAGCCACGAGAACAGGGAGCGCAUUUUGCAACUGUCCAAGCAAGCUAAGAUGGAGCUGGAGCAGCUGGUGUCGGCGUGGACUUAUGCGCAAAGUCAGAAGAAAAAGGACGUCACAGAGGACUUGGAAGUAAACAUCUUAAAAAUGUGUCAGUGCAUGAACGAGCUUCAAAGAGAACUCCACAGCGUGGCAACAUCUGUCGCAGCGGACCUGAUCAAAUACCAUUCCGAUCAUCUCAUUCUGAAAACACUGAAGAUCUGCGGGGCGGAGGGCAACAUAGAAGCCGUUGCAGAGCAUAGCUGUAAGCUCUCCGAACAGAAAGAACAAUUGAUUGAAAUUUGCCACUUACUGAGGCAUGUCUCCGGAACGGAACCGUUGGAAAUAACCUGCCUACAUGCGGAAGACACUUUUCAUGUGACUGGGCCUCAGAUCAUCUCCGCUGCAGAAACCUUGACGUUGCAUCCCUCCAGCAAGAUUGCAAAAGAAAAUCUGGACGUGUUCUGCGAGGCCUGGGAGUCCCAGCUGAGCGACAUGUUGCUGCUCUUAAGAGAAAUCAGGGAUGUGUUUGAAGGAAGACGAGGAGAGAAGCGUGCAUACCUGUCUCUGCCCAGGCCAGGGAAGCAUAAUGCAAAUUUGAAAGCCUUAAAGCAAGUCAGGCUUGAUAGUGAGGAGCAAGGAAAGCUUGGAAAAUUAGGUUUAGAACUACAAAAGCUGACAACACGUGUAGACUCUGAGAUGGAGAAAUGGGAAGACCCAGAAAAUGAAAUUGUACGGCAUGGCCAAGGCCUUUCCAGCAUGGCCUAUUCCAUGUACCUCUUUACAAGGGGUGAGGGACUGCUGAAAACCACCCAAGACUUUUUUCAGCAGGCAGAGGCCUUUGCCGCAGAAGGAUUAAAGCUUGUUUCGGCUCUUCUUGCAUUUUCUAACCAGCUGGAAGACGAUGACAAACCGUUGCUUCUGCAGGAGAUUGACAAGAUGGUCCCUGUUUAUCAACAGCUUCAAGUAACAGCUAAAACCCCAGUUCAGGGCAAAGCGGCAACUUUUGCAAAGGUGGACACCUGUAUUCACAAAGCAAAGCAUAUUCUGGAUGUCCUUGCCCAGGUUCUUCCACUGAGCUGCAGGUUACUAAGAAAGCACAAAGCAGGAAAUGGCUAUCUUAGAGUACAUCAUCCAUGGAAAGAAAAUGGGCUGCAUGCAGCCACACGAGAAGGCAGAGGUCUGGCUGGGGGAACGGAUGCCUUUGGGAUCAAAUCCUUGGAACAACAUGUGGCGAACCUCACCGUGUUGGAGAACAAACAGUUCUAAGAUGCUUUUUUAGGAAUGGAAAGUUUCCCAUAAGGGAGUUGUACACUCAGCCUCUCCUAAUUGCUUUCUUUUGAGAAAGGUGAAACCGGGUUAGAAAAAGCUGCUGCAACCUUUUCACAUCUAAUAGAUGUCACGGUACUUGGCAGGUAACAAAAGUGAAAGCCAGCUAAUGGCUGCCUAUUUUUGUAAGGUGAAUAACUUUGGGUUCACUGUUAAUACUGCUAGUUAUGUAAUCACGUACACUUAUGAAUGUCUUACUCUUCAACCCCAAAGAUGCUGCUAUGGAUGCACAUGGACUUAGAAAUGCUACAUGAAAAACUACUGGUAUUUUUGUUUUGUUUAAUCAAUAUCCUAGUGUGAGCCUAAGACCGUAUUCUAUAAAUAGUUGUUGUGCUGGGCUUAGAAAAGGGAUGCAACAGAGGCUGGACUGGUGUCAAAGCUCCCAGCCAAAAGUGGCCCAUCACGGAUGCCGCUCUUUCCUCUUGGCAGGUGAUUCUGGGGUGGAGGAAGAGGCAGGUGGCGUCUCAAAGGGCUUAGGUCCAGAGGGAUCCCUGUUGCUCUCCCUUAGAAGCAAUAGUUACAAGAAAGCUUUAAUAAUGAAAGCUGCCUGAAAGCCUCACAUUUCUCAAAUACAUUUCCAGGCUUAUUAAACAAUUAAAUUUAAAAAACCCUAAGUACUGUUAAUGAGGCCAGCUACAAUUAAGAGCUUGCUGUUGUCUUGCUCCUUUGUGUAUGAUGCACAACUUUAUCAAUUCAUGGAAUUUUACAGGAUUAUCUAAGCAAUGUUACCAGAAGUCACUUCUAAGGAGUCUAGUGGGACUAGCUCCCUAGAACUCCAGCCUUGAAAGUAAAGCUUGAGCCUUCACUUUUAGCAGGUGGUAGAAUAAAAUUCCAAGGUAGUUAACAAGUGUUAGCUUUGUUACUCACUACAAUGGGCAUUAUUUGUUUUGUAGAGAUUAAAAAUCCUCUUCGAAGCUUGUUUUAGAUAUAAAUAUAUGCUAUACUAACUGAAAUAUCGCUAAGUGCACUGGUCCUAUGUUUCAUUGUUAAGAUUUUAGUACCGUCCUUCAUCUGGAAUACUAUAAACUGGAACUCCUAGAAAAUGAUUUGGUCUUGCUACAGUCAACUGUAGCAUUAGCUUUUACUGUGCCUUUAAGGCAGGAACUGGACAAAUCAGUAGGAAGCAGAGGAUGCCCACUCCCGUUUGACUCCCGUGUGCAAAGUAGAGGCUGUGGGGCAGGACGUGUGUGUAAAUAGUGGAGGACUUGAUCAUCUGCUGCUGCUGCUCUUCUAGCACUAGCCCUUUGCCCGCUCCCCUUCUGAGAGAUGUGCAGAAAGGUGGCGGGUGUGGUGGAGAUUUAAGUAUCCCGCUCAUCAUUUCUGUCCUGCAUAUGCUGCCCCCCACCCCAAACACACACUUUGCACACCCGAAGCUAACACAGGGUAGUGCUGGCCGUGUCGGCUAAUGAACGAGUGGUUCAUGUUUGGCUGUC